UUGAAUUGAAUAGUUGAAGUUAUUGAAUGUGGACGUUAGUCGUUGUAUUUAAAAAAAAGUAAAUUUAAAAGUGCUAAGUGAAUACAAUCAUUGAUCAAGAAAACGCACUUAAAUACACACACGCAUACACACACACACUGACAUACGAAUACAAAAUAUGCUGGCUAAACAAAAAAUAAAGAAGCAACAAAGUCAAAUUAUGUAUAAAUUUUGUUUACAAUCGUUACUACAUUGAAAAACAAUAACAAUAUUUGAUUUCCUGUUAAAGACAAAAACAAACAAACAAAAUACUAGCAUUACUAAACGGUACUUUUCAAAAUUCCUCCAAAAUGUUUAAGUGUUUGUGUGCUUUGCAAAAGAUUUAAUUAAACAGACGCCGCUGCUAGCGGCAUAACAUUCUUUUUAUGGUUUAUUGAAGGCGCGCGUAUUUUAUUUACGACCUACUCUUCCAUUCACAUUCGACGAAAUGUAUUGAAUGCAACAUCGCCCGCGCUCCAUUCAUGUUUACUGCUGAAUGCCGUUGCAAAUUGCAUCAAAGCAUUGGAGCUAACAACAACAAUAAAAAAAAAAUAGCAAUCGCACUCGUAAUUGGAAACUUGCCACCUGCCCAUGCCUAAUGCAUCCUCAGUGCCGGCCGUGUUAUUGUUUUGUUUUUAUGAUAGUCGAUUUGGGGGAUACAAACAAUUGAGAUUGUGUUUCUUUGCAAAUUUUUUAAUUAUUCUCGAUUUGAAUAUUGUGUGUGCGAGAUUGGUGUGUUGUUGAGUUUGUUGUUUGCACUUUUUUUUUUACAAAAUUGAAUGUCAAUACAAAGAAAUGUCGUUUUUGUUAAAAAAUUUACAAUUUCUGAUUGUUUUGAUUCUCACGGUUCGUGGUGUCAAAGCCGAUUUGGAGCAACGUGAGAAAGUUUGUGAUACAAAUCAGCAGAGUGCACAGUUUUGCGAUAGUAAAGCCAAGGCGAAUGACGAGGAAACCGCAAAGAAACCCCAUAUCAUUUUCAUAUUAGCAGAUGAUUUGGGAUUUAACGAUAUUGGCUUUCGUGGUUCUUCCGAAAUUCCUACCCCAAAUAUCGAUGCGUUGGCGUUUUCGGGAAUUAUAUUGAAUCGAUAUUAUGUCAAUCCUAUAUGCACACCUUCAAGAUCAGCAUUGAUGACAGGCAAAUAUCCCAUACAUACAGGAAUGCAACACACGGUGCUCUAUGGAGCAGAACCACGAGGUUUGCCUUUAAAUGAAAAACUAAUGCCUCAGUAUUUUAACGAGUUGGGUUAUUCCUCCCACAUUGCUGGUAAAUGGCAUUUGGGUCACUAUAAACGUGUGUACACGCCGCUGUAUCGUGGAUUCUCUUCCCAUGUUGGCUAUUGGACUGGACAUCAUGAUUACUUCGAUCACACUGCCAUGGAGAGUGGCCAAUGGGGUUUAGAUAUAAGAGAUGGCAUGAAUGUGGGCUAUCAUAGGCAUGGUCAAUAUACCACUGAUCUAGUCACCGAAGAAUCUUUGCGAGUUAUUUCUAGUCAUAACUCUACAACACCAUUAUUUCUAUAUGUUUCUCAUGCUGCAGUUCAUUCGGGUAAUCCUUAUGAUCCAUUGCGUGCUCCCGAUAUGGACGUUUCUAAAUUGCAAAAUAUACAAAAUUUUGGUCGUCGUAAGUAUGCAGCCAUGGUUAGUAGGUUGGAUGAUUCGGUUGGUCAUAUAGUGCAGCAGUUACAAAAGCAGAAGAUGUUAAACGACUCAAUUAUAAUCUUCAGCACCGACAAUGGUGGUCCAGCAGAGGGAUUUAAUUUGAAUCAUGCCUCCAACUGGCCCUUAAGGGGAGUCAAGAACACCCUGUGGGAGGGUGGUGUUCGGGGUGCUGGUUUCCUAUGGUCUCCUCGCUUGAAGAAGCCUCGUCGAUUGGCUGAUCAAACUAUGCAUAUUGUAGACUGGUUACCCACACUGUUGACGGCUAUUAAAGGUGAUGAAGCUGUGAGUAACUUGACUUCUGCUAACCUGGAUGGCAUCAGUGUAUGGGAUUCCUUGUCUAACGAUGACGUCUCGCCUCGUAAAGCAAUUUUGCAUAACAUCGAUGACAUAUGGGGCAGUGCAGCCUUGACGCGUAGCGAUUGGAAGGUGGUGGUUGGUACAAAUUACAAAGGUGGCUGGGAUGGCUGGUAUGGUCCUGCCGGAGAUCGUAAUCCCCGUUCUUAUAACUAUAAGGCCGUUCGUUCAAGUCUUGCUGGUCGUUCUUUGACUGAAAUUGAUAUGCUGCCUCCCUUGGCUGAUGUUUCACGCAUGCGCAUGGAAUCGAAUAUUGAUUGUUCGGCACGCAUGUCCUAUUUAAAGGAGGGCAUUGUGUGCAAGCCGUUAGAGACACCAUGCUUGUUUAACAUCAAAGAUGAUCCUUGUGAGAAAUAUAAUUUGGCACAUAAAUAUCCAAGUUUGUUGAAGGCUUUAUUGGAUGAACUUCAAGCCAUAAAUACUACAGUUGUAGCACCCACAAAUAAACCUUUAGAUCCAUAUGGUUUCCCCAGUAAAUGGGGUUAUACAUGGACAAAUUUUGGAGAUUAUGAGCAGAGAAAUGAUGUUAUUGGUAAUUUAUGAUAGAGCUAUAGCUUUAUUAAAUUAGACUUAAGUUAUA